AUGUCUUCUACCCACCACCAAAGUCAUGUCCAUCCGAACUACAACACCCUAACUCAUCCCAACCAACUUUUCUCAGCCCCCUAUCGCCCGCCACCUUCGAGUCUCUUCACUCAAAGAGGAGUCAAACCACCCCCUAGACUCGACAUACCACAAGCUCAGAACCCACCGCCGAGGCUUUCUCCUCACCACGGCCACAGUCCGCCUCAAAUCUUCUACACUCAACAAGGUCGAUACCAGCCUCCAGGCCUCGAUGUCCAACGCGGUCAAUUUCCAGUAGAACUCCACGAAGCUUGGUAUCACCGAGAUAGCCAGCACGGCUGCCCUGGAUGUGUGCAUGAGAGGCUCGUACCUCACACUUUCAGCAGAUUCCAUUGGCCGGCGUGUCCUGUGUCUGCGACGAGGGAAAUGGCUGCUUGGAUGUGA